AUGGAGAAUCAUAUGUUUCGUUUUAACUUCCAGGACGAUCUCGACAAGAUAACCUACUUCUCGGAUUUCCUAGAAGGCGAAGCCGCUCAAUGGUAUUUCGCACUUACUCGAAGUGGCACCCGCAACUCAACGUUCAAUGAAUUUCUGGUACGCUUUCAACGUAAGUACUACAACAGCAAUGCCAUCGACGAUGUCAUGGAUAGGAUGUUCAACUGUUGCCAAACAUCAUCCCUGAUCACCUACAAUCAAGAAUUCGGGGAGUUAGCCUCCGCACUCCCUACAGACUUAUUCAACGAAAGAACCAGAUUGAACAAGUACGUGAAUGGCCUCAAACCAGAGCUUAAAAGGAUGGUCCGGACCUUUCAACCCGAGACCCUUGAGGACGCAAUGAAUAUAGCUACAAACAUGGCAGAAACACCUAACUCGUUCAAGCAAACGACACGUACCUCAACCUUACCAUAUGGAGCGAGUUCAUACGAACCAAUGGAAGUUGAUUCCAUACAGACAGAACCCAUCGAGGUCGAUGCUAUCUACAAAGACCUCAAGAAUCCCCGCAGACAAAAACUAUCCUCUCAAGAGCGCCAACUUUUGAUGAAACUCGGGAUCUGCUUCAGAUGUAGAGCAGGCCAACAUAGGGCCAAUCAGUGCCCAAAUGCGGUUCUCCCUGAUUCCCCAGAAAUCAAUUGUACAUUAGUUCAGCCAUUGAAAAUUACAAAAUCAAAAAAAUUGACAAACACGAAAGCCCACUUAGCACCACUAAUUGGAAAUCGUAAGGAAAUCGAGACUAUUCAUGAGGGAAACCCUAUACGGUUACUUCUAGAUACCGGUGCUGCCACUUCACUGAUCUCGUCAGUCCGCGCCAAAACAUUAAGAUUACAGACUUACGAUACAGACCCGGUCACAAUCAGGGGUGCAACCACGAACGCCCAAGGCAUACCCUGCACUCAGGCAGCUGUAUUCACGUUCUUCCAUAAUGUGAAACGCUAUGACGUACCAGUCUACGUCGGCGACCAACUACACACCGAUAUUAUCAUCGGGAACCCAAUUCUCGAUUUGUACCCGGAGCUAGGACUGCCAGACAAGAUGAGCCCAACCACAGAUACCAAGACCACGGACCCAAAGACACCAAUGAAACCAACGAAACCACAGAGAUUCUGGAAAUCCAAGCCCACACGGACACCAGAGAAAUCACAGAAGCUUGGUCAACCCAAACUACCUCAACUAAACCAUGAAAGUUCCCUACCCAUUGACUUAAUCUACACCGAGGACGACCGACAAGUGCUUAAAACGCGGAAGAAGGACCAUCGAAGCCUCAACGGCUAUAUCAUCCGUGUUGAAGCAAUCGACGCCCAAACACCGAACCACCACGACGCAAGUUCGUUCCACCGAUUACCGCCAUCCUUGCAAGCGAAAUACAGGCACACAGUCAGAAACGAUCUGCCACGGACCGCGCUUGAAAUGAAAGAGGUCUCCCAUGAGAUCGACCUGAAAGCAGAUGCUAGAAUACCCUGUAUACCUCCAUAUAGGAGAACGCCUAAGGAGGAGGACCAGAUAGUGACCAUAGUGAAUGACUUACUUGAAAAAGGCUUCAUAGAACCAUCAAAGAGCCCUUACAGCUCCCCUGUGGUGCUGGUGAAGAAAAAAGACGGCUCCUUCCGCCUGUGCGUUGAUUAUCGGGUUCUCAACGAAGCCACCAUCAAAGACCCCUUCCCACUCCCAAGAAUUGAGGUCUUACUUGCAAAGAUCGGAAAGGCUUCCAUAUUCUCAACACUAGACCUCCACUCAGGAUAUCAUCAAAUUCCGGUAAAGCCAGAAGAUGUACCCAAGACAGCUUUCACGACCCACAAUGGCAAAUACCAGUAUCGAGUGAUGCCUUUCGGGCUAGUCAAUGCCCCGUCAACUUUCUCACGAUAUAUGGCAGACAUAUUCCGCGAUUUGCCAUUCGUCCUGGUUUACCUUGAUGAUAUUCUAGUGAUAUCAACAUCUGAAAAACAACACAUUGAACAUUUAAACACAGUUUUAGGACGCCUCCAAGAACACCAACUCAUCGCUAAGGAAAAGAAAUGUCAAUUCUUACAAACCGAAGUGGAAUUUCUAGGCUACCACAUCUCCGAACAUUGUAUCCGGCCAAUAAAAGGUAAGUGUGACGCCAUUCAUGCUAUACCACCGUGCAAGUCAAUAAAAGAUGCACAACGUUUUCUCGGUAUGAUUAACUACUACCGAAGAUUCAUACCGCAUUGUUCGACAAUCGCUCACCCGUUAAUUGACUAUGCAGCUAAGAAAACGCCAUGGACUACAUUGCAGACAAACGCCUUUAAUGAGUUGAAGAGACUGUUGGUUGCAGCCCCUUUGCUUGUCCCAUUCUGCACCGAACAUUCGUACCGACUCACUACCGAUGCUAGUAAAUCAGGACUAGGAGCUGUGUUAGAACAAAUGGAGGGCAAGAAAGUCGUCGGCGUUGUAGGCUAUUUCUCGAAAUCCUUGCAAGGAGCACAGAACAACUACCCAGCCGGUGAACUGGAAUUGUUAGGUAUCAUUGAAAGUUUACGUCAUUUCAAAUACUUGCUCCACGGAAAGCGAUUUACACUAAGAACGGACCAUAUAUCCUUGCUAGCGCUGAAAAAUAAAACUGAGCCUUCGAUUCGACUAGCGAGAUGGCUAGACGAAUUAGCCGAAUAUGAAAUUGAUCUAGAAUACCUCAAAGGCCCUGAUAAUGUUGUAGCUGAUACGUUGUCUAGAAAUGUACCCAUCAGCAGUCUAGCUACAAUCCCUACCUUGGACCCAUCAACAUGGAGUGCGGACAUUAAGAACGAUGUCGACCUAGCAGCCGUUCGAUUUGCUCUAGGAGGAAACAGCUCUCACUUCGACUCUCUGCCAAAAGAAAUACAGCGUCGAGUGAUACGCCUAAGAAGGUCUCCACAAAGUACAGCCAAGUAUGGGAUUGAAAGAGGUACUUUAUACUACGAAGGACGAUUGUGCGUCCCUCACCACAGGCAAAAUGAAGUUUUAGCGGUAUACCAUGACCACGGACUAUUUGGUGGACAUUAUGGAGAAACGAUUACCUAUCAAAAGAUAGCGAACAAGUUUUACUGGCCGAGAAUGAUGGCGUCCAUCAGGAAAUAUGUCAAGAGCUGCAUGCAAUGCCAAAUCAUGAAGAACUCAUCUCACCAGUCACAAGGCUUGCUGCUGCCACUGCCAGUUCCCAAAGGCAGAUGGUUAGACAUAUCGAUGGACUUUGCCACGGACUUACCAACAACGCAAUCCGGUCACGACAUUAUCCUUAUAGUAGUGUGCCGAUUCUCUAAAAGAGCCCACCUUAUCCCAUGUGCCAAGACACUAGAUGCCCGAGGAGUAAUCGACCUACUGUACCGGUUUAUUUUCGCCUAUCAUGGGUUCCCAAAAACGAUCACAUCCGAUCGAGACACACGUCUAACGGCCAAACUCUUUCGUGAAUUUACAGACCGUCUUGGGAUCAAGCUCACGAUGUCAUCAUCUAAUCACCCUCAGACUGACGGUCAGUCUGAGCGCUCGAUUCAGACCCUCAACCGUUUACUGCGAACAUAUACCAACGCCGACCACGGACUAUGGGAUGUACUGCUACCUCAGAUCGAAUAUGUGUACAACUCCACACCAUCCCAAUCCUCCAGAUUGACCCCCUUCGAAGUAGACUGCGGCUAUAUCCCCAUGGAACCCACCAUAAAUACUGAAACCGAAAUCUCAGCCAGAUCCUUCGGAGCAGUGGCACUGACCAGACACUUGAAAACUAUUACUACCCUAGCCAAAGACGCACUGGCAAUCGCGCAACAGCGACAAGAGGCGAAUCACAACAGAGGGAGGAAGAAAAUUGGUUUUAAAAUAGGUGAGCUCGUCCUCCUGCAUAGAGAUGCGUACCAUAACACAGGACGCUAUUGGAAGGCUCAGCCCUUCUUCGUAGGCCCAUUUUCAGUGAUCAAGAAAAUCAACGAGAACGCAUAUGAAUUGGACUUACCAAUAACAUCUAAGAAGCAUCGAGUUUUCAACGUUAAGUGGCUGAAAAAGUUCAUCAUACGAGAAGGGACGUUCUACGAACAGCCACCAAUCACAGGUUUUGCGCGCCUCAGAAAAUGCAAGACAUCACAGCAAUAG